AUGGCGGCAAACAGCCAGUACUAUCAAGACAGCAACAACAACAACCAUCACCAUCACCAUCCUCCCAGCUACCGUGCAUCUCCUCCCCAUUCUUCCGAGUACAGCAACCAUCCGUCCACAGAUAGCCAUUUGCCGGUGCAAACACCAUACGACGCCGUCGGGAGCAGCAGCAGCAGCAGCAGCACCGCCCUCGCACCUCGCAGCCAGAACCAGCAGACGGCACUGUCGCCUUUUGCCACAGUUUUUGACGAUAACCACGCCAGCGGCAGCGGCAGCAGCAACAGUCUGCCGCAUCCCGGAAACUGGCCCGAUACCACGUACUACGCCCAAGGUGGCCCGAGCCCGGCGAGGUCAACAACUCAGGACAACAUUCCUCUCCAAGACCGGCGCGGCAAGACGGACGACGUAGUCGACCACAUCUACGACGUGCCAGAAAAUGAGACGGCCGCUCAAGCCCGAAGGAAGAAAAAGGGUGUCCGGGUCGGCGAGCUGGGCAUGUUGGCUGGCAAGAAGGGGAUCCCCUGGGUCUGUUACGUUUUUAGCAUUGUUCAAGUCGGCGUCUUCAUCGGCGAAGUGGUAAAGAAUGCCGUCUUGACUGGUUCUCCCAUCAUGAUCAGACCCCAAUUCAACCCCAUGAUUGGGCCGUCGACCGGGGUCCUCAUCAACAUGGGCGCUCGAUACGUCCCCUGCAUGCACAACGUCGAGGAAAUCCAGGGAUCCAAUGUUACUGUCCUGUUCCCCUGCCCCAACGCGACUCGAAGCGAUCAGUUCUGCCCCCUCUCCGAAGUGUGUGGUUUUGGCGGCGUGCCUAAUCCGACUUUCAACAAUGCCGCCCAGGAUCCGCAGCCAAAUCAGUGGUUUCGCUUCAUCGUGCCCAUGUUUAUGCACGCCGGAUUGAUCCACAUUGGCUUCAACCUGCUGCUCCAGCUGACCCUGGCCAAAGAGAUGGAGCAGGUUAUCGGCUCAAUACGAUUCUUCCUUGUCUACAUUAGCGCUGGUAUAUUCGGUUUUGUCAUGGGCGGUAACUUUGCCGCUCCGGGCAUCGCGUCUACCGGAGCCUCGGGCUCUCUGUUCGGCAUCAUCGCCUUGACCCUGUUGGAUCUCUUGUACUCGUGGGGCGAGCGCCGAAACCCGGUCAAGGAUCUCGUCUUCAUCAUCAUGGACAUGGUGAUUUCGUUUGUACUGGGUCUGCUGCCCGGUCUGGACAAUUUCUCGCACAUCGGCGGGUUCCUGAUGGGACUUGCCCUAGGCGUCUGCAUUUUGCAUUCCCCCAACGCGCUUCGCCGCAAGAUGGCUGGCGGCGACGCGGCCUCGUAUUCCGCUGUCCAUCCAAGCAGUGGUGAGACAGCGCCGGGCUUUCUCAAAAGCCCUAUUGGGUUCUACAAGGGCCGGAAGCCACUCUGGUGGGCAUGGUGGCUCGUCCGAGCUGGCUUCCUCAUUGCCGUCAUUGUCGUCUUCAUCUAUUUGCUGAAUAAUUUCUACAACGGCCACCGCACAUGCAGCUGGUGCAAGUAUCUCAGUUGUCUGCCCGUCAGCAACUGGUGCGAUAUUGGAACGAUUCAAAAGACGACCACCAGUUAG